CUUAUUUGAAUUUUGACAGUGUUCGGAUGUGAAAACGGUUUAUUUAAGAAAAUAAGAAAAGUGGAAAACAUUACUCUAAAAUCACAUAAGGUCAUCAGUCAUUCAAUGAUGGUCUACGACAUCGAUCAUUUAAUACCGGGCGACAGUACAUCAUUGAGCAGAGAAUCUUUUCUCGGACUGGCAUGCGAAAAUAUACCAAUCACUCAUCCGAAUAUACCGCGUCGUCGUGGCGGAAUGAAUGUUAGUCACUUGCAGCCGUCGGAGUUAGUUGGUCUAUCGAGAGAGGAACGUCGACGACGAAGACGUGCUACGCAAAAGUAUAGGACCGCCCAUGCAACAAGGGAACGAAUCCGUGUGGAAGCAUUCAACGUAGCAUUCACCGAACUAAGAAAAUUGUUGCCAACUCUACCGCCGGAUAAAAAAUUGUCAAAAAUUGAAAUUCUGAAAUUGGCCAUUUGUUACAUCGCUUAUUUGAAUCAUGUUUUAGAAUCGUAGAGACAUUUGAUAAAUAUUCCAAAUUCGAAAAAUGAAAUGAAAUCUUUUUUGUUUGAUGUAAUAAGUAGAUUAUGAUCCAAGUGGUGAGAAUGUAACUAUUGUUUGUUGUCGUGCAAGUUGUCGAAUUUUUGUUUCUUUUUUAUUGUAGCAAUUUUUCGGUUAAAAUGAGAAUGCAAUAAAGGAUCGCUUUAAG